AGGACAAUGUACCAUCCUAAGGAGUUCUUUCUCCAGACAUGCUCCCGGAGGCAGGCUCCCUGUGGCUGCUGAGACUACUCCAGGGCAUCCAGCUGGCCCAGUUUUACCGAUCCAUACUUGAAGAGCUAAAUGUUACCAGGCCAGAGCACUUCGACUUUGUAAGACCUGAGGACCUGGAUGGCAUUGGCAUGGGCCGGCCUGCCCAGCGCAGACUGGCUGAAGCUCUGAAGAGGCACCGUUCGGGGCACAAGCCUAAGAACUGGGUCUACAAGGUCCUUGGGGGGUUUGCCCCUGAGCAGAAGGAUAUCACCCCAUCCUCAGACAACCCUCCAUCCCUCCCUGAGUCAGAGGGGGGACUCAAGUGUCUGAUCCCAGAUGGUGCUGUGUGCAAAAGGGAGCUGCUGGGCUCCGGCUGCUUUGGUGUGGUGCACCGAGGGCUGUGGACACUGCCUAGUGGCCAGAGUGUCCCAGUGGCUGUCAAGUCCCUCCGGGUGGCUCCGGAAGGCUCUGCGGGGACAGAACUGAGGGACUUCCUUCGAGAGGUGUCAGUCAUGAUGAACUUGGAGCACCCACACUUGCUGCGUCUGCACGGGCUCGUCCUGGGCCAGCCUCUGCAGAUGGUGAUGGAGCUGGCGCCGCUGGGCUCCCUGCACGCGCGCCUGACCGCGGCGGCGCCUACACCCCCGCUGCCUGUGGUCCUGCUGUUCCUCUUCCUGCGGCAGUUGGCGGGGGCCAUGGCGUACCUGGGAGCCCGCGGGCUGGUGCACCGGGACCUCGCUACACGCAAUUUGCUGCUGGCUUCACCGUGCACGAUCAAGGUGGCUGACUUCGGGCUGGUGCGGCCGCUGAGCGGCGCCCGGGGCCGUUACAUUAUGGGCGGGCCCCGCCCCAUCCCCUAUGCCUGGUGUGCUCCAGAGAGCCUACGCCAGGGGGCCUUCUCUUCUGCCUCAGACGUGUGGAUGUUUGGGGUGACGCUGUGGGAGAUGUUCUCUGGGGGCAAGGAGCCCUGGGCCUGCGUCCCGCCCUACCUCAUCCUGCAGCUGCUGGAGAAGGACCAAGCCCGGCUGCCUAGGCCUCCUCUCUGCUCCAGGGCCCUCUACACCCUCGCCUUGCGCUGCUGGGCCCUCCACCCUGCUGAUCGGCCUAGCUUCUCCUAUCUGGAGGGGCUGAUCCAAGAGGCCUGGCCUCCUGAGGGACAUUGUGUGAGGGAUGUCACAGAGCCGGGGGCCCUGAGGAUGGAGUCUGGUGAUCCCAUCACUAUCAUCGAGAGCAGCCCCAGCUCCACAACCUGGAAGGGCCAGAAUGGUCGCACAUUCAAAGUGGGCAGCUUCCCAGCCUCGGCAGUGACGCUGGCCGACUUGAAGGGCUCGCCAGCCACCUGUCCAGUCCACAGAGGCUCCCCUGCCUGGGGAGAGCAAGGCCGGGGGAGCAUAGAUGGGGUCAGAGUGAAGGCAAAGCUUCGGGAGCUACCUCCCGCACAGGGUCAGAGAAGGAAUGCGCCCCUGCAGAGGAUGAAAGGCAUUUCCAAGAGUCUGGAAUCUGUUCUGUCCCUGCGCCCCUGCCCCACAGGGGGUGGUUUGAGCCCCCCUGAACUUCGAAAGGCCAGAAAUGUGCCUCAGGGACCCCCAGGCCUGCCACCUCGCCCUCCCUUUGCCUCCAGCUCAUCUCAGCCCAGCCAGCCCCCCAGGGAGCGGCCUUCCUGGCCCAAAAGAGAACCCCUGCACAAUCACCCCUUGGGAGCACCUGGAGCCACCAAAGCCACUGGUCUCUCUGGAGGUCUCUUGCCCGACCCUGAGUUGCACAAGAGGGUUAUGGAGGUGCAGCUGAGCGUACAUGGAGUCACCCAUCAGGAGUGCCAGGUGGCACUAAGAGCCACUGGAGGAGAUGUGGUUUCUGCCAUCCGGAACCUUAAGGUAGACCAGCUCUUCCACCUGAGCAGCCGGUCCAGAGCUGACUGCCGGCACAUCUUGGAGCAUUACCAGUGGGACCUCUCAGCGGCCAGUCGCUAUGUCCUGGCUCAGCCCUAA